ACGAGACUAGCUAGUGCUUAACCUGGUGUAAUUUUUACCGACUGAGUGUGAUGGAGCAGCAUAGUCCCUGUGGCGAUUGGCUUGGACGCAUGAUAAUUACUCCAAGAUGGCUGUUCCACUUCCUCAGUCACCUUGGGCCAAGCGCUUUGGAGAUGGGUCGAUAUUAAAGGGACAAGUAUGUAAUUCGUUACUACAAGAUGGUGGUCAUACGCAUUCUGGUAUCGCACCAAUGCGCCCUUGGCUCGACCCACGAUAUUACGACUCUAAACCUAAAAAAGACGAGUUUACCACGCCUGUGACCGGGAAAGAAAUCGAUGAAGCUUUAGCUACGGAGAAAUUAUCGCGCAAUUUGUUAAUGGGAGUUCCGGCAUGGAAGGCUGUGACACUGAACAGCGUCCUCUCAUGUUGGGGCGAAGAUCCUGUCAUAUUGAGCGGUCACCGACCGGAGGACGCGAAGAAUUAUGCUGAAAUGUUGGAGGCUUAUAAGUCACAGAGGAUCGAAGUCCGCCCAGAAACAUGGCUACCGUUCUUUAAAAAAGACCGUUGGUAUGAUCUGUUUCUUGUGGAUGUCGCUGACACGAUCGAGAGGGCGGACGGGUCAAAGCGGGCUAUUAGGACCUGGACAAUGGACGACGAGCGUAUUUGGCAUGAGGUGUCAUUUAUUCUCGAACUAGCAAAUCGGAUACUAAUGACACUCAUCAAAGAUAACAAUACCUGGCUCGGGACGUUAAUGUAUGGCCAUGUACAACGUUGGUAUGAACUUUAUGGAGAUGCGUCUAGGGCGGCCGAGCAUGUGGCAAGGGGGGAAAACUGGAUCAUUCUAUUAACACCCAGCUUCGAGUGGGCAGAGUGUGUAAGGUUAGGGAAGCCCUUUCUAGGCCGUGCAAUCGAGCCGGAUGCAGAGAAGCGGGAGACACUCAUCUGUCAAAUGCUAAAGAACCACGCUUGGUCAUUCGUGAAGGGUGACGUGGGCCAGCGUGGAGAUACCAGCUGGCUAGAGCCUCAGGACAUGACUUUCAGUAGGAUUAACGUUGCUUACCUGAAGCAUCUUGUUGGUGGGACUAUCAGUGUUGCUGAAAGGUGUGUAUUACACUUAAAGAUGGCCCAGGUGGUAUUACAUGAGUUGAUGCAUGCCAUAUAUUUCCAUCGAGUCCAUACAUAUCAUGGAGAUAUGAGCGCAGACAUCCGGGGGCGGGAUUUCCACGAGCCGUUCGUAAAUGGGGAAUCAAUUGCUGAGCUUGGUCGCUCCUGGGAAAAGGCUGCCCUUGGUGGAACGCCAUUGGAAGUCCCUGGUCUAUCCAACAGACUUCCAGUAGCAGACCUUCAUGUCAAAUUCCCUAGUCGGCUGGGAGCUAGUUCACAAGGCCAAAUGCUCCCUAAUAGCCCUGAAUUAGAUUUCUUUGCACCGAUUUACGCUUAUUACAUCCCCGCUGCCGUGUUUUGGCGGAUGCAAUCCAAAAGCUUUUGGGCUACCAACCCUCAUGGCGAGCUGGGGUUCCGCUACCCCCAAUUCAUCUAUACUGAAUUGAGGCAGGCUCGGGCUCAUCCUGAAGUUGUGAUCAAAGAUACCUUUACGAACAGAGACCCUCGUGUGCGCUAUAUAUUCAAGGAAAUAUUACGUAAAUGGGAUGAACAAGGGUCAUUAUGGGCUAGUUCGCGGCCGUGGUUUGCCCCUGCCUUGGAUGUAUGGGAAAGGACACCUUGGAGUUAUGUUAGUCUCCGCACAGAGCUCGAGAAAUUCAUCGAAGCGUACCAGAAAAAAGACGAAUCCGAAUGUGCGUCUAUAGCGGAAUUUUUUGUCUGCCUUAUUCCACCGAUUAAUGUCACAAAGUUGUCGGACACUGAACAGCGGCUGUUGAUGCCUAAUAGUCCGAAUGAUGGCGAGCCGUCUCUUUGGAUCUGGCAUUGUUUAGGGCUGUUGAUGACAGCAGCAUUACCUCUUCAAAAAGCUGACAAGCUCCCAACCACGACUCAACGCGGCGAUAUAUACUCACCCGGCAAGGCCGCAUAUCAAGCGGGUUGGCGCGUCGUUGCCGUUAAUUCCACGGUACAGGUGACGCCGAGGAUACACAGGAGGGAUUCCUACUGGGAUCGUUUCAACGACUUUGGCAAACAUGUCCUGGUCGCUUCGCGCGUCGAGUUUGUGCACCAAGCUGCUCAUAUGAUUGCGCAUGUAAUGGAGACAAGACAGGCAUAUGCAUCCUCGCCUGUCUUGAGGGCCCUCAACGGUCUAUUUGCACAUAUGUUUAAUGUCCUCACGAACCCGUCCUUUGACCAAUCGUCGUGGCUUCCGGAUUUCCCUUUCCAGUUCCCUGACUAUGAACCUGACGCUUUCGACCGCUGGGAUCCGACGAACAACAGUUUGACGACUUUCCGGAGGGUGCCUGGCCAGGCUGAUGGAACGUAUAGCAUGGUACCGGUAUCGCAGCCCUCUUCGCAGUCUUCUUCACAGCACUCGUCGCAGCCCUCGUCGCAGGGCUCGCUGCACUUCUCGCCACAGGGCUCACCUUGAGAUAUUUGAGUGUCUGAUUUUGGAACAAGAUAAAUAUGCUAGAGAUGGGCUAUGUAUACUUCGUAAGAAACUGGGUUUCAACUAUCUGCCACUGUAUAUAGAACUACGUCGUUGCUCUCUCUAUAAGGGAGCAGUUUUAAUGCCU